AUGGUGGCAUCCCUCGCUGUGGAUGGGCCAGCAGAGCAGAGCAAGAAGGUGAGGGCAGGAGACAUUCUUGUCUCCAUCGAUCAAGUUGACGUCCGAGGGAUGAGCCCCGAGGAUCUCGCGCAAUAUAUCCUCGGACCUCCGGGCUCAAGGGUUCGGCUCGGGUUUAUACGCGACGGCAGCGAGCUCCUCUACGUUGAGCUCACUCGGGGUUGGACGAUGAAGAGAAGCGUCGACUCUAAGUGGUCCAACCCGCUGCCUCCCAACCACUCGCUGGUCUCUGGUCCCAUCGGAUUUCCCUAG